AAUGAAAAGCACUGAGAGGUGGUGCUGUUUUCUCUGAACCAUCCAGUGCCAUCCUCGUCGGUGCAGUGGUACACGCGCUCUCCGCCGCCAUGACUGAGCAGAUGACUCUUCGUGGCAACCUCAAGGGCCACAACGGCUGGGUAACACAGAUUGCUACUACUCCUCAGUUCCCGGACAUGAUCCUAUCCGCCUCUCAAGACAAGACCAUCAUCAUGUGGAAACUGACCAGGGAUGAGACCAACUAUGGAAUUCCACAGCGUGCUCUGCGAGGUCACUCCCACUUUGUUAGUGAUGUGGUUAUCUCCUCAGAUGGCCAGUUUGCCCUCUCAGGCUCCUGGGAUGGAACCCUGCGCCUCUGGGAUCUCACAACGGGCACCACCACGACGUUUGUGGGCCAUACCAAGGAUGUGCUGAGUGUGGCGUUCUCCUCUGACAACCGGCAGAUUGUCUCUGGAUCUCGAGAUAAAACCAUCAAGCUAUGGAAUACCCUGGGUGUGUGCAAAUACACUGUCCAGGAUGACAGCCACUCAGAGUGGGUGUCUUGUGUCCGCUUCUCACCCAACAGCAGCAACCCUAUCAUUGUCUCCUGCGGCUGGGACAAGCUGGUCAAGGUAUGGAACCUGGCUAACUGCAAGCUGAAGACCAACCACAUUGGCCACACAGGCUAUCUGAACACAGUGACUGUCUCUCCAGAUGGAUCCCUCUGUGCUUCUGGAGGCAAGGAUGGCCAGGCCAUGUUAUGGGAUCUCAACGAAGGCAAGCACCUUUACACCCUAGAUGGUGGGGACAUCAUCAACACCCUAUGCUUCAGCCCUAACCGCUAUUGGCUCUGUGCUGCAACAGGCCCCAGCAUCAAGAUUUGGGAUUUAGAGGGGAAGAUCAUUGUAGACGAACUGAAGCAGGAAGUUAUCAGCACCAGCAGCAAGGCAGAACCACCCCAGUGCACCUCCCUGGCCUGGUCUGCUGAUGGCCAGACUCUGUUUGCUGGCUAUACAGACAACCUGGUGCGAGUGUGGCAGGUGACCAUUGGCACCCGCUAGAAGUUUGUGGCACAGCUUUACAAAUUAAAGGAAAAAACUGG